AUGUAUGAAGCUUGGAUGAAUGGGCAAGCUCCUCCAUCUUCGAUUCGGGAAUACCUGAAUGCGAAUAUGCCAUUCCUUAUCCAAGUAUCGACCAAUGAUCCAAUUUAUCCACUUGGAUUCGGCCCCUACACUAACGCAUCGAACGUCGCUGAAACUUUUACAGUGCGCCCCUUGAAUACACCUAUGAUGAGUAACCCGCUUUUUGUGCCAAUUGCGCCGACUAAUAGCACUUCAAAUCCAACAGUGGUGCCCAAAUCCAACAAUGAUCCUUCAUUCCAAGCUCUUCAUGACCGUGGCUACACCUCUGAAGAGGCCCUUAAAAUUCCAAGUUCUUAUCCCCAGACUCAUCAAUAUAGUUCCCCUUUCAAAAUUGAGAAGACAGUUAAGAAUGAGGAGCAUGAAGAAAUGGCUAAGAAAAUGAAGAGUUUGGAACAGAGUAUAAGAGAUAUGCAAAGACUUGGGGGCCACAAAGGCAUCUCAUUCAGUGAUUUGUGCAUAGACCCCAUAGCUCAUUUGAAGAGAUAUUGCAAUCAAUUGAGAGGUGCAGAGGGCAAAAAAGAGUUGCUCAUGGCCUAUUUUGGGGAAAGCCUAGUGGGAAUUGCGUUUGAAUGGUUCAUAGAUCAGGAUAUAGCCAACUGGCAUACGUGGGAUGAUUUGGCUCGAUGUUUUGUGCAACAAUUCCAAUAUAAUAUUGAUAUUGUGCCAGACCGCUCCUCACUUGCUGACAUGAGGAAGAAGACCACGGAAAAUUUCCGUGAAUAUGCCGUUAGAUGGAGGGAGCAAGCUGCUAGGGUUAAACCAUCAAUAAAGGAGUCAGAGAUGAUUGACGUUUUUCUCCAAGCCCAAGAACCUGAUUACUUUCAUUACUUGAUUUCUGCCGUCGGGAAGAUAUUCGCCGAAGUUAUCAAGGUUGGGGAAAUGGUGAAAAAUAGCAUCAAGUCUGGAAAGAUCGUAAGCCAAGCUGCUUUAAAAGCCACAACACAAGCGCUUCAAAAUGGUUCUGGAAAUAUUGGAGGGAAGAAAAGAAGGGAAGAUGUAGCCACCGUUGUAUCAGCACCUCGAACCUAUGCCCAAGAUAAUCAUACACAACACUACUUUCCUCCCCAAAUUCCACAAUAUCUUGUCCCAUAUCCUCAAUAUCCCAUUUUUAGCACACAACUAAUUGUUCCCCCUUCUUAUCCACAAUGGCGUGCACCACUUCCUCAAAAUCAUCCAUCACCCCCACCAAUUCACCAAAAUACAACUAGAAUUUCUUUUAGUCCUAGAAAAGAAUACAAGAAGGGAAAUGGAGCUAAAGAUGAGUUCACCCCUAUUGGAGAAUCAUAUGCUAGCUUGGCACAGAAUAGAAAGAUGCUGGUACUUGAAAAAGGCAAUUCAAGAUUUGAUCGAUACUUGUCGAAUUAUAGUUGA